CCCGGCCGGCCACCGGCCCUUGUGGAUGUCAUGGAUAACAAGCAUGGACUGAACAAGGCUUUCUUUGCAUUGUGUUAAAAUAGAUCAAGAGCAAUCUUACUGGCCGUUGUUUCUCCCAUUCCGCGUACGGCAUUUAUCAUCAUGAAUGGAUCCAUUAAAUCAUCGGGAGGCUCACGAGCCAAGACCAUCGUGAUUAUGAGUCCGGUUCAUCUGAAGAAUGGCUCCUCUGCCGGAGGCGGCGGUGGACUCUCGGGUUUGGAGGCUCGUCCGGAUCCAUCUCCCGCUUACAGUACACUGACUGGAAACAUGUCCUCGGCUGUACGAGACCUAGACCCUGGCACCCCAUUGACGCCCCUGAGCUAUCUUCAAAGCAAUUUCGACAUCACCCUCAAGCAAAAAGUGUUGACUCGAGUGGACUCUGGGGACAAGUUCUUCUCCUUGGAGUUCUUUCCCCCUCGCACCAAGAGCGGGGCCAUCAACCUCCUGGCACGCUUUGAGCGCAUGGGAAUGGGCAAUCCACUCUUUGUGGACGUGACUUGGCAUCCGGCAGGCAAUCCUGCCGGAGAUUCCGAGACUUCCUCCAUGAUGAUUGCUCACUCGGCCUUAAACUAUGUGGGAUUGGAGACGAUGCUUCACAUGACUUGCGUCAAAUCCAAUGAGGAAGAGAUCUCAAACUACUUGAACAAGGCCAAACGAUUAGGCAUCCGUAACAUUCUGGCUUUGCGAGGUGACGCGCCCAACGAGGAGAACAAAUGGCAAAUGCAAGACGAUGGAUUCAAUUUUGCCACAGACCUGGUCCGUCACAUCAAGUCCUACUUUCCGGACGACUUCACCGUGUGCGUGGCGGGCUAUCCAACCGGUCAUCCCGAGGCCACCUCUUAUGAAGAUGACAUUAUCUACCUGAAAGAAAAGGUGGAUGCGGGUGCGGAUUUCAUCAUUACUCAGCUCUUUUUCAAGGCCUCCACGUUCAAGAAAUUUGUGGAUGAUUGUCGAGCUGUGGGCAUCACUUGCCCGAUCAUCCCGGGGAUCCUGCCCAUCCAAUCGUAUGACUCGCUUCGUCAUAUUGUCAAGCUCUCCAAAUUGGAAGUACCCGAGGAUGUUCAGAAAGUGGUCCAACCCUUGCGAGGUAAUGACGAAGCCAUCCGCAACUACGGCAUCCAUCAAGCCGUGGACAUGGUUCGAGAACUCUUCAUCAGUGGAUAUGCCCCCGGAGUGCAUAUUUACACGCUCAACAGAGAGGUUGCCGCAGUAUCCAUUUUGAAGCGUUUGGGCAUGUGGAAUAGCGAUCCGGCUAAACCUUUGCCUUUCAAACUCGCGGCCGAUCCCAAGCGGUGCGGGGAAGAUGUGCGGCCCAUCUUCUGGACCAAGCGAUCCAAGACUUACGUCUACCGCACCCGCCAUUGGGACGAGUUUCCUAAUGGACGUUGGGGCAACUCCUCUUCGCCGGCCUUUGGCGAGCUCAAAGACUACUACCUCUUCUACUUGGCCUCCAAGAGUCCCAAAGAGGAGUUGAGGACGAUGUGGGGCGAGGUGACUUGCGAGGAGGACGUCUGGCAGGUGUUUUCCCGCUACCUAAGCGGCGAGCCCAAUGCCGAUGGGAUCAAAGUGACUAAAACCAUUUUUAACGAAGACAUCCUGGACACGGAGACCGAACUGAUCUCGGAUAAGCUGGCCGAGGUAGUGGCCAAGGGCGUGAUCACGGUCAAUUCCCAGCCAUCGGUCAAUUGCGUGCCGAGCAAUGACAGCCGCGUGGGAUGGGGUGAGCCGGGUGGGUACGUGUUCCAAAAGGCCUACCUGGAGUUCUUCACCUCGGAGAGCAACGUGAUCGCCUUGCUUCAAGUGCUUGGACGCUAUCCGGGCGUCAACUUCCAAGUGAUCAACCACGACGCCUCGUUCAAUUGCACGAAUAUCAAAUCCCUCCAGCCGAUUGCCGUCACUUGGGGCGUGUUCCCCGGCUCCGAGAUCAAGCAGCCCACUGUGGUGGACCCCAUUAGUUUCGACGCUUGGCGAGAGGAAGCCUUUGGUUUGUGGGUGGAGCAAUGGGCCAAAUUGUACGACGAGGGCUCCGUAUCUCAGAAAGUGAUUGAGAACAUUGCCGGGUCGUACUUGCUGGUCAACCUAGUUGAUAACGACUUCCCUAUGGGAAGCUGCCUGUGGAACGUGUUGGACGACAUGUUCAGUCGAGUGAAACUGAACAACACCUUGAGCGCUCUGCCGACUUUGGAAGAGGUCGUUAAAACCAUUCCUCAUACGACGAUCAUCAAAGACUGCGAUGAUGAUGAUGACAACGGAACGAGCUCCUGAUUUCUAUCGAGCUAUGUAUGAUGAUGGCCUUUCCUUUUUUUAAAACAGCGCUGUUUCUUUGUCAUAUCGAG